UGGGGGAGGAGGAAGGCAGCGAGCAAGCGGGCGAGGCAGCGGCAGAGCCCGGCGGCCACCAUGGAGCUAGCGAUGGAGAACCUGGGCAGCCUGCACGGAGUCCCGCACUCGCAGCCCGCCGAGCUGCUGAGCCCGGCGCACGGGCGGCAGGGCUCCCACCGCAACCUGGUACCGCACGGCCGGCCCGCCAUGGUCUCGGGCAUGGCCUCCAUCCUGGAGGGGGGCGAUUACCGCACCGACCACAGCCUGGCCGCCCCGCUGCACCCCGCCAUGAGCAUGUCCUGCGAGUCACCCUCCGGCAUGAGCCUGAGCAGCACCUACACCACGCUGACCCCUCUGCAGCACCUGCCGCCCAUCUCCACCGUCUCGGAGAAGUUCCACCACCCGCACCACCACCACCACCACCCGCACCAGCGCCUGGCCGGUAACGUGAGCGGUAGCUUCACCCUCAUGCGCGACGAGCGGAGCCUGGCCUCCAUGGGCAACCUCUACAGCCACUACCCCAAGGACAUGCCGGCCAUGGGGCAGCCCCUCUCGCCGCUGCCCAACGGGCUGGGCAGCCUGCACAACGCCCAGCAGCCGCUGGCCCCCUACGCCCCCGGGGGCCACUUGCCCAACGAGAAGAUGUUGUCGCCCAACGGCUUCGAUUCGCACGCCGCGAUGCUGUCCCGGGGCGAGGAGCACCUGGCGCGGGGUUUGGCGGCUCCCAGCUCGGCCAUGAUGCCGCCACUCAACGGGAUGCACCCGCACGGGCACCCGCACGCCCAGCCCGGCGCUUCCCUCCUGGGCGAACGGGAACGCCAGGCCUCGGCCACCGGAUCCCAAGGCGGUGGUUCUGGGCAGGUGGAGGAGAUCAACACCAAGGAGGUGGCUCAGAGGAUCACGGCCGAGCUGAAGCGUUACAGCAUCCCGCAAGCGAUCUUCGCGCAGAGGAUCUUGUGCCGUUCCCAGGGGACCCUUUCGGACCUGCUGCGGAACCCCAAGCCCUGGAGUAAGCUCAAGUCGGGCCGGGAGACUUUCCGGAGGAUGUGGAAAUGGUUGCAAGAGCCGGAAUUUCAGAGGAUGUCGGCGCUCAGGCUGGCAGCUUGCAAACGCAAAGAGCAAGAGCAGCAGAAAGACAGGAGCCUGCAGCCCAAGAAGCAGCGGCUGGUCUUCACAGACCUCCAGCGCCGCACCCUGAUCGCCAUCUUCAAGGAGAACAAGCGCCCAUCCAAGGAGAUGCAGAUGACCAUCUCGCAGCAGCUGGGCUUGGAGCUCAACACUGUCAGCAACUUCUUCAUGAAUGCCCGCCGGCGGUGUAUGAACCGCUGGCAGGAGGAGCCAGGCACCAACCCUGGAGUCCCCUCUUCUUCUACAAGCACUUUCUCCAAAGCAUGAUGCCCCCCAGCCCUCCCUGCCCCUUCCUGGACAUCCUCCUCAUGACAAAGCCAACCCCAGACUCACAUGUGUGCCCCGAGCCGACUGGGGUGGGUGCUUUUGGAUGCUGCGGGUCCAUCAGCCUCCCAAACCCUCAGCCGGGUGUCACCCCUGGAUGUGGGCCUCGUGCCACAUCCUGCUGCCAUGUCCUCCCAGCUCGUGGGGCAGGGAAGGGGUUUGCAACCAGGUCAGCUCCGUCCCCGGGAGGGCUCGGAGGAAACCCCUGUGGAGUGAGGGAUGAUGUGGGCUGGAGGGCAAGGGUGAGGUGCUGUUUGGAAGCAUCCUUGGUCCUCGGGGACCACAGAACCUUGUCUUCACCUGCCCACCAGGGUCUUUGGGGAGACCCACCCUGCAACCUCGAUCUCUGCCACAGCCACCCUUACAGAUCCCACGGUGGGGGGUAAAGGUGGGGGAGAUACAAGAAGUGGAGACAUGGGGCUGGGCUCUGGCACAACCCCACCGAACCAGGGCCAAACCCCACCAUGGUUUAAAGAACAGGGAAAAUGCUCCCCAUGUGCCUGGAGGGUGACCCUGGGGUCUGCCAGGUCUCUGGCUGCUGAUGCUUUUCCCCCCCAAGGUGCAGCAGGGUUCCCCAAGGCAGCCAGACCCUCUCUGCCAUUGACACACGGGCAUUUCUCUCCCUUAGGUUUUGAGAACCUGGUCAAGGGCAUUCCUGCAGCCUCAGUCUCCUCCAUGGGCAUCUUCCUCUGACACCCCCUGCUCCGGCACACCCCAAGAGCACCCACAUCCCCCAGCCCCCCCCCGCACCCUGACCCACGAGAGCACCCAUCCCUGGAUCGCUCCCAGAGGAACUCCACAGCAAAGAAGACACCUCACCGUGGCCUCUGCCUCCGCGCGCCUGAGCAUCCCCCAGCGCUGCAGCUGGAGCGGGACAGCGGCUGCACUGUGUUGCCUGGCGCCCAAGCAGGUCAAAGAAGCACAUUUUAGCUAUAGAAAUCGGGUAUUUAAAAAUAAUAAUUGUUUGAAAGGAGACGGGAGGAGAGACUUGGAACGAAGGAUCUGAUCUUUCCUGGUGACUGGCUCCACCAUUCACCGCUGGAUUUCUGGUUCACUUUUCAGUUGAGGAACGGACUCAGACAAAGCAGAUUUGUUGGCUUUGUGUCUUGCCCCAUCCACCCCUCGACACACACUAUUGCCCCCUCCCAUCCCCCCUCUUCAUCUUUGUUACCAAAGAAAUUACAAAACAAAAAAAACCCAACAACAAAAAAAUUCCCUCCUGGGAACCAACGUCAGUAUAUGGUGGGAAAAGAAAAAUCCGAGGGAUCUGGUGGCGAAAUCCAGCCCUGGGUGUGAGAAGGAGGAAAACUCCCCAAUGAGAUCGAAAGGGAAAAAAACAACCUAAAAAAAGGAAUAACAACAGAAACCACAACCAAAUAAGCUCAAUGAAAAGACCGGCAACUUACCAAAAAGACGCCAGACUUUUUUUUGUGUGUGUGCCAAUUAACAACCUGCCUUAAAACACGAAUUUCUGGAGCAAUGGUACUAGCUUCAAAAUGAUCGUUUCCUCCGAGCUCUUGAUGGUGACUUGUGCCAUAUAAAAAAGCAAUCACGAGGCCAAACCCUUACAAUCAGCCCUCAUCCCAGCUGCCCUGUGGGCUCCUUGCCAGCCUGGGGUGUCCUCGGGAGGAGCAGGAGGUGCUGCCGGGGACAGGGAAGGGCUGGGAGAGGCUUGGGGAUGGAGGGGAGGCAAGGGCCCCUGCUUCCCCCACCACUUGAGGAAAAGAAAAUAAAUCCUCCAAGACCAACCAUCAAUGAAAAAAAAAAGGACACUACUGAAUUAAUGCGGGUAAAAUAGUACCAUCUGUGUUCUAGCGCUAUGGUUUCUUCAAUUCACUUUACUUUGAGAGCGAUCUGCUGUGUAACAGGAAGGCAUCUUGUUGAAAAGAAGGAAAAAAGGAAAAAAAAGUGUAUGUGUUCAUCAAAAUACCCCAAAAAAAACCACCCCAAAAAAGAGGAAAGAAAGGACAAAAGAAUGAAAGAAAGGAAGGAAAAAAACCCCUGCACACGAAGCCCUGACCAGCCGCGGUCACCGGCAGGGUUAGAGGACGUCUUUAACCAAAGAGCUCCUGGGGUAGGUGGGUGGUGGAGGGGUUGGGGGUGUCAGACUGGACACGGUCACACCAAACUAAACCAAUUUAUUGCUGGAAAAAAAGGGCAGGAGAGAGGGAGGGAGAGAGGGAGGGAGCAGGAAGGGGGCAGGUGCCGCAGUGUAUUUUGCCAACCACAACCCAAAAACUAACGGCAAAGCGAAUCUCAUCCCCCCAGGACCCCGCUCCCCGCCACUGAUAUUUUCCCCUAACGUUGUUUCUUCUUGUCUUGUCGUGACGUGGUGACGAUGGUGGCGGAUUCCUGAACCCCAUCAAGUAGUAUUCAAGGGCUGAAAAGCCAGGAAGGGGGCCUUGGUUUGGGAAGGAAAAAACACACAGAAAAAAACAAAAUGGGAAAAAAAGGAAAAGAAAGAAAAAGAAAAAGAAAAAAAAAAAGAAAAGAAAAAAAGGAGUAAAUGCCACAGGCCCUCAAGGAUGCAAAGACAUUUCUAGUGAGAACCCAAGAAUAAAGGCUACCUCACUUGAGUUUUCAAUUUUUGUGAUUUGAAAAUCACAUCUGAUACCAAAGA